GAGCGCAAACCGUGAGCAGCUAGUGCCAGUGCCAAUUUGUAGCACGCUCCACAUACGAUCGGCUUCACCAGCCUCGUUUGUCAGACACCACCUGCAUCUUGCUCUCGGACUCUACUCCUUGCGUCUGGGUCCCCGUCCUUCAACAUGAGCAUGAUGAAUGGCACGAGCUCGGGUCCAACCACGCGUCCUGCUAAACCUCCUCCUACCGGGCCCGCACCACCUGCACCAUCUAUGGCACCGCCGGCACCGCCGAUACAUACACAGUCUACACAUCCGGCAAGUCGCCUUCCCCAAGCUGGACCGCCGCCUCCUGCCAACGGCAGUCAUGUCCACCAGCACAACCAUGCCGCCCAGAAGGGCAAGAAGAGAGCAGACGCGCCCGUCGAUCCCGCCACUAUGUAUGAAACGCUCAAGAAUCGCAUUGCGGCACUGGAGGAGGAGGAGACGAUUGAGGAAGAAGAGGAAAGGCGGUUCGCUGAGGAGGCCGUUAAAUCCGUCAGAGGGCUUGAUGACAGCGCCAUGCAUUCAAAGUAUAUCGAGCUGUUUGCAGAACUGAAACGAAUGGAGCGUGACCAUUCCAAAGAGAAGCAGAAACUAGUCAAGGACAAGGACGCAGCCAAGGGACAGCUAACUAAGGCCAACCAGACCAAGACCAAGAUGGAGAACCUUGCCCGCGAGCUCCAGAAGGAUAAUAAGAGGCUACGGGAAGAUAGCAAGCGGUUAUCCCAGUGUGUUGAGGACGCACAAGACGAGAUUCUACAGAUGAAGAACGACAUGGCGAAACGCGCCGACAAAGCCAAAUUGCAGGAUCUCAAAUACCGUGAGAUGCCCGACAUCGUCGUCAAAGUCGUGUGUCGCUACCGCGCCGAGCUCUUCUUCAAGAUCUCGCGCAAGACGAAGUUCGGGCGCCUCUUCGGCGCAUGGACGGACCGCAUGGAGUUCAUCGGGAAGAACCUCCGCGACCUCAAGAACGGCAGUGUCAAUGGGAUCGUCAGGUCGGACUCGAUGCAAAUCGCUAACCCGAAAGACCCAUCGGCCACGUCCACCAUGCAGUUCAUUUUCACACACAAUGGGCGUUCCUUGGAUGGUGACUCAACACCCGAGGAGCAGGGGGUGGAAGACGGGGAUGAGAUAUUAGCUGUUGAGCUCAUGGAUUUAACCGAGGGCCCAGCGUUGGAGGAAUUUCCAGAAGAGCUCCCCGAAAUCAAGCGUCAUAAGCUUCAUAAAGCUUGGAUUGAUAAUCCUAUGGAAGCUAGACGAACAUUAGAGGAGAUCUUUGACGGGGUCGUGCGGGAGCGCCUCAAGGAGGUAUUGCGGCAGUAUGAACUGCGCGAGCGACAUUUUGAGUGUGUGAUACGCUCAAAAGAGCUCGAGGUCCUCCUCUCGCGCGCUCGCGCUGCUGAACAAAAGCAGCUCGCAGACGGCGAGAAGAAACGUGCUGAAAAACUUGAUGACGAGACCCAGCGCAUACGAAAAGAGCUUGAAGACUCUCAGAAUGGACAAACACUACUCAUUGACAAGCUCAUAACGUGCUGUAAAGAGGUCAUUCGCUUUUACCAGCCAAAUGCGGAACGCACGCAGCGGCUCUUCGCCUCGCUGCGAGAAGAGCUUGAAAGGCGAGGAGCCAAAAUCUCUGAAAGCACCAACGGCGGGUAA